AUGCAAACGCUUAAAUGUGUAGUUGUCGGUGAUGGUGCUGUUGGUAAAACAUGUCUUUUAAUUUCCUAUACUACCAACCAAUUUCCAGCAGACUACGUUCCAACCGUGUUCGAUAAUUAUGCCGUUACAGUAAUGAUCGGUGAUGAGCCUUAUACGUUGGGACUUUUCGAUACAGCUGGUCAGGAAGAUUACGAUAGGUUGAGACCGCUUUCGUAUCCUUCAACAGAUGUCUUUUUGGUCUGUUUCAGUGUCAUAUCACCACCGUCGUUCGAAAACGUCAAAGAAAAGUGGUUUCCGGAAGUACAUCAUCAUUGUCCCGGUGUUCCAUGUUUGAUCGUUGGUACACAAAUAGAUCUUAGAGAUGAUAAAGUAAUCAUCGAAAAACUUCAGAGACAGAGGUUACGUCCUAUCAGUUCAGAGCAAGGUGAAAGGUUAGCCAGAGAAUUGAGAGCUGUAAAAUAUGUUGAAUGUUCAGCUCUCACCCAACGUGGUCUUAAAAACGUAUUUGAUGAAGCCAUAGUUGCAGCAUUAGAACCUCCGGUUAUAAAAAAAAGUAAAAAAUGUACAAUUUUGUAG